CGACAGACAUAUUUAUCAUUUUAACAUAUACACCCACACAAUGUCAGCUAAACCAGCUCUUAUAAAGUUAAUAGUCGGUGCUGGAAAAGCAGCACCUGCUCCACCAGUUGGUCCAGCCUUAGGUUCCAAGGGUGUCAAAGCCAUAGAUUUCUGUAAGGAAUUCAACGCCAGAACUGCCCACUAUAUUCCAGACACACCUAUUCCCGUAGUGCUCCGUGUCAAGCCAGAUCGUACAUUCACGUUUGAAAUGAAGUCACCUCCAACUAGUUGGUUAUUGUUCAAGGCUGCCGGUAUAUCCAAGGGUGCCGGUGAAACCGGCAAGCAAAGCGUGGGUGAAGUCAGUUUGAAGCAUGUUUAUGAAAUUGCCAAGAUCAAAAAGACUGACGAAAGACAUGUGGAUACUGACAUGAAAGCAAUUGUCGGCAGUGUUAUCAGUACUGCUAAGGCAGUCGGGAUUAAAGUGGUGCCAUAAACGAACUUUCGUGUAGCAAAGCCGAGCUGAAGUGAGCGAAAGUGCUUGAAGUCAUAGGGAUAGUAAUGAGGAGAGAGCAGAGACACAAUUAGUUGUUAUCUUGUACAUAGUGCAUAAAUAAUAUCAUGAAAUUUUACUGUCGUAGUAAAGUAAUGUUCUACAGUAACCAGUUGCAACGUCUAUC